AUGAAAAAUAUUGCAGAGAUGUCGCCAGUUGAAUUCCGAAAGUUGUUGGAUACCCUUGUCAAUGAAGAACUCUUCAAAUCACGUGAAAGGCUUGUCGAGUUGCUGGCAACGGAUAGUUCGCGUGAAGAACUGGAUACGGAAUUCAUGGAAUUUCACGGGGACUACGAAGAUUUAGGGUUUUGGCUUGAGACCUAUACACAAGAUCCGCUAAAGGGAUUGGACCCGCACGCCUCGCUCACUAAAAAGUUAAAGCGGCAUCGCGACUAUAUCCUUGCAAAUCGGAAGACUACCCGUAAGGAGCGGAUCUAUAGACGCAUGGGGGUUUACUUAGAAAGUGACCCAAAACCAGAGAAGAAAGUUAUUGAGUUGCCACCAGACGAAUACCGCCAACUGCUUUACAAUCUUGUGACGCAAGAACUCUUUGCUGUCCGUGAGGGGCUUGUUGCGUUAUUAGCAGGGGAUGCCUCAUUUGAGGAAUUGAAUGUUGCAUUUCGGGAAUUUUUCGUCGCUUAUGAACUCUUGGAACUCGCCUUAGAGACUUGA